AUGCGUCUCGCACUUCAGACCUCCUCCGAGAUGGUGGCCCUCGGCCUCAACGCCGCUGCCUUUGGCGUCGCCACCUAUCUCCCGUGCCGCUACUUCGGCCCCAUGGUGUUCCCCCGCCGCGCAGCGAGGGCCCAGGUCCGCGCUGAGCAGCGUGCGCUUGCCCACUCGAACGCCGUCGCCGUCGGUGCUGGUACCGCUGCUGUCGCCGGUGCCGCUGCUGGCAGCCAGAUCGGCUCUGGUCAUCACGGCUGGAUCGGAAGCGCGAGGGCUCUGUUCAGGCUCGGCACCAGGGGCCGUGGUGGUGGCAGCUGGAGGAGCUAA